UGAGGAGCCAUCCUGAGCAGCCACAUCCUUCCCUGCCCUCCUGCUCCACUGGCACUGCUGGGGAGCGUUUGCCCAUUCUUCCUCCCCCCUGCUUGCCCAAGCAUUCACUUAAUUCUCGUUUAUUGCUUUUUUAACUGAAGCUCUCCCUCUGUUUCCUCAUCCUUAUCCUACACGAGCAUCGGGCUCAGGCGUCAGGAUUCCUGCUGCUCCGAGGCGGUGUCCGGGAUGCAGGAAUUCGCUCCACUUUGUCUCCUAAUGAACCGAAGGAACAAAUGCUGGACUGUAGAUGUUUGCUGUCGGUAGCCAGCAGCAGGCUGCGUGCUGCCAGCCAGAGAGUGAACACCUACCUCUUCAUGAUGCAAGCCCAAGGCAUCAUGAUUCGUGAAAACAUGCGAACAAUAGGAGCUCAGGUGUACGAGCAGGUGGUCCGCAGUGCCUAUGCCAAGAGGAACAGCAGCGUGAAUGACUCAGAUUAUCCUCUUGAUUUGAAUCACAAUGACACCUUUCUACAAGCCACAACGUUUCUUCCUGAAGACUUUACCUACUUCCCCAACCACACCUGUCCUGAGAGGCUCCCUUCUAUGAAGGGCCCCAUCGAUGUAAAUAUGAGCGAGAUCACGAUGGAGGAUAUCCACCAGUUCUUCGCAAAGGACCCUUCCAUCAAGCUGGGAGGCCACUGGAAGCCGAGCGACUGUUUGCCUCGCUGGAAGGUGGCGAUCCUCAUCCCAUUCCGCAAUCGCUACGAGCAUCUGCCCGUCCUCUUCAGACACCUUAUUCCCAUGCUGCAGCGGCAACGUUUACAGUUCGCGUUUUACGUUGUGGAACAAGCUGGAAACCAGCCCUUUAACCGUGCCAUGCUCUUCAACGUUGGCUUUCGGGAAGCAAUGAAGGAUUUGGACUGGGACUGUCUCAUCUUUCACGAUGUGGACCACAUACCAGAAAAUGACCGUAACUACUACGGGUGUGGACAGAUGCCAAGGCACUUUGCAGCUAAGCUGGAUAAGUACAUGUAUCUGCUCCCUUACAACGAGUUCUUCGGUGGGGUGAGCGGCCUGACUGUCGAGCAGUUCCAGAAGAUCAACGGCUUCCCUAACGCCUUCUGGGGCUGGGGCGGCGAAGACGACGACCUCUGGAACAGAGUACAGUACGCAGGCUACUCAGUGACUCGACCAGAAGGAGACACAGGGAAAUACAAAUCAAUUCCUCACCAUCAUCGGGGAGAAGUGCAGUUCUUAGGAAGGUAUGCCUUGCUUAGGAAGUCCAAAGAAAGGCAAGCCCUGGACGGCCUCAAUAACUUGAACUACUUUCCAAACGUCACGUAUGACGCCUUGUAUAAGAACAUCACUGUUAACCUGACACCGGAGCUGGCUCUGGUGACCGAAUAUUAAGAGGAGAAAAUAACUUUGCUCUGCCCUUCACCAAGAAAGCACCACGCUAGACUGUCUUUUCUAAGGGUUGUCAAGGACAAGCAACACUUUGGCUAAUGAAGGAUCACAGUAUUUUGGAGAAGAAGGCUGAAAGUGCACGCACAAAUUGCCCUAGCUGUACCAAUCCAGCCCGAUACUCGUGCAGCGAGCUCAGCAGCCUCUUUCUUUUUUCUGCCACUUGCUUUCUGGGUUUCAGGACAACUGUUCGACCUGCUGCUCUCGUCUCCACAUUCCUCCUCCAGCACCGGGACGCGUCUCAGAUGUGCUUUGUCCCCCAGGAGCCGGCUCAGCCGAGGGACUCCGGCUUCUCCACAGCAAACCUUGGGAGCAAUUCGCUCAGCAACGCCCUGGGGGCAGAUCAAAUGACUUCUGAUACCAUUCUUCUAUGUCCGUGCGGUUUUUUAAAUGACCUGCUUGAAGUAUAUAUAACAGAAUCGCUUCUUAAAGAAGUGUAAGUGUAAAUAUGCUGUGUAAAUUGCCCCUUUUUAUUUUUCUCUUAUGGCUCAAAUCCAAGCUAGAGGUUUACAUACGGUCACUCAUUUUAGUCCUGAAUUCUGUAGACACUUGUGUGUGCAUCACUGUACUUGUGCAAGGUGUUCCCUUUUAAGCCAGUGAGACUGCUGGUAUGAUUUAAGUUGCGCAUAGGCAGAAAUGUUUGUGGGAUGGGGCCCUAAACUUCCCGACGUAGUGGAUGAGAAAUACGGCCCUGUCAUCUCUCAUCCCGAAACCACAGAGCUGGACUUUUCCAGGGAGGGUGAGGAGAUGGGAAUAUUUAAGGAAAAACUCCCCUUUCUGUCAUUUUUUUGCCACAUGAUGUGCACAUGAACCCGAAAGCUUGCCUGUUGCUCUCUAUGUUACUGAUGGCAAGUGUGAGCUUGGCAGGUGCUCCGGAGCUCUCAUCCACACUGCGGCGGGAAGCGCAGCCCCCGGACCAGCAGCCCCCUGCGGUCACUCCUGCAAUGUGACGGUACGGUUCGGGAGCUGGUUUGGUGGUGUAUUUGUUGUGUGAAUCUGGCCGCACGCUGAGGUGCCGUCAGUCGGAGCACCUAUGGCCGUGGGCACCUGGUGGCCCUUGCACAAGCCCAGCUGGUGGGGAGGUUGUCACAGGUGAGUGCGGGAAAUGAAGGACCCAUGAGUCAGGCUCAUGAGAACGUGAGGACUGGGAACCGGAGAGCUUGGGCCGAUGCCCCGUCCGAACUGGAGCGCCCUGUCCCUUCUCCCGUCUGAUGCCGGGGCAGCCUGGGUCCCAGUCUGCUCCGCACCCACCCUCGCUGCUACUGCACCUCUCUGACUUAAAAGUAAAUACAUUGGAGGUUGCUUUUUAAUUUGUGUUUAUACAUAAUGGUGGGUACUUAACCUCCAAAGUGCUUUAACUUUCUUUUUAUUGCGUUGUUUGCCUUCAGUUUCCUUAACUUCUCAUAGUUUUCGUUGUUUUCUCGGUUCUGUGGACGUAUGAUCCCCAUACGCAUCUGUUGUGGGUGUGACUGCCCAGGGCAUUCCUAACCUGUAUCCAGAAAACAGUAGUUUAGAACACACUAGUUCUUGUUGUGCAGCUCUUAUCGGCCGGUAUGAGAGGACAGCGAGCCUGCCCUUGAGAAGCGCUGAUAAGUUUGUAACUUAGGUUUAAAGUCUUGGAACUUACAUGUGCUUUAAACUCGCUUCCCGAGGGGAUUCAAGCUGGCUAUUUAUAGGCAGAGGUGAGGAUUUGCUUUUUACAGCGCAUAUAGCAAUAAAGACUUUUGCUUCUGAGUCUCGGAUCUCUAAUUCAUGUGGACCCUUUUCAGAUGCUGAACCCGCAUUUCCCUGCCCCUCUCUUCGUUCAUCUUGAGACCUUGCUAGAAAUCUGUCUUCGUUUAAUGGUGCUUCAAACAAGGAAUGUAUCUCACCUAGUCCGAGCUCACUACCCCAGGAAUCAUGCAUGUGUGUGUGAGCAGGUGUUGAACUCCCUUAGGCGGAUCCUCAGCCUUUGCCGUGUACCUGACGCCCAUCGCACCUUGUGCUGAACAAAGAGCCGCUACCUUUGCUCAGAAAUGCGCUCUGGUUGGCACAGAAGGGUCCAUCCCCCGCAGCGUCCCUCUUCAUCCUUCCUUUGUUCUAAUCACAUCGAAUUUUUUUUCCCUUUCUAAAAUGUGGAAUAUCUGAAAAUGUGCACUGUUAAUCUUCCCUGCUAUGUCAAAUACUGUAUAGUAAAUGUAACUGUUAAAAACAUACUGUCAAGCGCAUGUGCUGUUAUGGUGUAAAAAUUCUCGUAUUAAGGAGAACUUGUACAUAUUCUGGCAGCUGAAAUUCAACAAGGCCACUCUAUGUCAACGCGGUCGGUCGGCCCUGCGGGAGGGCAGGUCCUGCUCCAUGCUGAGCUUGGGUUUCUUCUUUUUCUUUUAAAUGAGCCAUGUGGGUUUUAUUUGCAAAUCUAUUUAUUGACAGUUCAGUACUUGUGAAGUUCUGCUUCUCUGAGGAAGGUACCAUCGGAGCAGCAGCCACGUGCUUCGCGUCGCUCGCCGCCAGGAGUGGCCGCACGCUCCAGAGCAGCUUCCCAUCAUCGUGGCUUUUGAGCUUACUGUUAUGUUUUUAAGAGGUGCCAGGGGGACAUUUUUGCACUGAAGACGAGUGUUUUAAAACACACACACACACACUUCUCAGCAAAAGCAAUCCUUUGUGUCAUUACAUUUAUUUACCCAUGUGUUUGUACAUUUUUGUAUUUGUUAAUUUAUGAAUGAUUUUUUUCAGUAAAAAAUACAUACUCAAGAACAAA